CGGACGUGAUGGGCGUGGUUUCGGAUCAUUCUCGAUUGCUGAGCAGAGCCUUGAAGAUCCGCGGCUUGGGUUUCUGGCCAAAUUCUUGGUUUUAAUCAUUUUAGAAAUGGAUCUGAACAGACCCAGAAGUAUUAAUCAGACAGUCUCUCCCUAUAAGUUGGCUAAUGGAUUCAUUUUGCCUGAGGGCAAACUGACGCCCAACAGCCUUUUUGUUGGAGGGAUCGACAUGAAGGUGGAUGAAAAUGAAAUAAAGGAGUUCUUUGCCAGAUAUGGUUCCGUCAGGGAAGUAAAGAUCAUCAGGUACCGCGGUGGGCUCUGCAAAGGAUACGGGUUCGUGUACUUCAAUGAAGAUGUAGACAUUCAGUCAAUCAUUGAGCAACAAAUCAUUUUUAUGGGUCGGAAACUGAAGCUGGGCCCUGCUAUUUUGAAAGAAAAGAGGCCUCGGUCUAUUCCGCCUGGCUUUGUUGGCAAUGGUGCCUGGAUGAAUCCCACCCAGUACUUUUACUGUGCUUGCUGUCCCCCUUUAGGAGGAGGGGUGACACAACCCUCACCCAUUGUCAGUGGAGGCACUCCAUAUAAUCAGCCGUAUUCAUACUCCAACUUUGGUGGGAUAGUGAUUCCACAGAUGCCAGUGAGCUAUCCUCAGAACGCCUACACUUACCAGUACAGCACACCAGCAUGGACCCCAGACCAGCGGACACACCCUUUACAUCAGAGCUUUGUGGACUGUGGGGUCCAGACUAUGCGAACGGUGCUGUAGUAGCAGCCUCUGGGCUCCUGUUCUAGGUGUUUUUUAUUUAAAGGAGUCGGAUACUUAAAAAUGCCACCUUGAGGUUCUGGACAUCAGGAACCCAGCUCUUCUGGUGGUUUUCAGAAUACCUUCAUCAUCCUCACCUCAAAACUUCAAGAGCCAUUUUAGCACCAGCUUUUUUUUUUUUUUUUUUCCCACUUCAUCAAAGAUUGUACCAACCACAACAAAGGAUCACUUUCUUUUGAGACAAAAGAUGAAAAGACUUUUAAGCUCACUUUUGUGCUUAUUUAUAUUUUAUAUAUGUUUUUUCUGGAUUUAUUAUAAAAGUUUCUUUGGUUUGGGUAUUAAUAAUAUAAAGGUUCUCUGUACAUAUGUGUGUAUAUUGUAACAAAACCUUGACUGCAAUUUUGUUUUCAUUUCAAAGCAUCACUUUAGGUCAAACGUUCCUUCACUUUGUACCGUCAUAAGCUUUAAUACCAUUUAAAACUAUGAUUAUUUUAAAGCACUGUUGGUUUUUGUACUUGAUUGGGUUUCACCUCAUUGUUAUUUGGGUUCUUAGUUGGUCUACUGGUUCCAGACGUUCAGAGACCGCCACAGCUAAACUUUGGGUUUCAGCACUCAAAUCAAUUGAAUUUUGGAGGAAUGAGAAGCUUUCUGUAGUGAAGGAAUAAGGGAGAUGUUUUUCUUUUUUUCACAUCACUGUAGUUCACUGUACAUCCAUUACACUGUCUCGUCUUUUAAUGCAGAAGCACAACUUGGAGGAUUUUAGAUGAAAACCUUACAUGUCGGAAUAACUUUUAGAUGCAGUGAGGUGUUAUAGAGGAUGCACAGUUUAUGUCUCCAAACCACAUGGAUGCAGUUUUUAAUUGGCACUGUCUUUGAGGUAAAUGGAAGCAAUUGUGUCAAGAUAUUUGUUGAGAGCCUGAGCAUUGUUUGUUUUUGUUGUGUAGGCUUUCUGUUGAAUAAAGGUUGGAAUUUGUAUUUUCA